AUGGGUAUUACAGGACUGAUUCCAUUUCUUGAAAAAGCGUCGAGAAGAGCAAAUGUUAGUGAAUUUAAUGGAUGUACUGUUGCGAUUGAUUCGUAUUGUUGGCUGCAUAAAGGCGCUUUUGCUUGUGCUGAUAAAUUAGUCCAAGGAGUUGAAACGGAUGUGUAUGUAAAGUACUGCAUAAAGUAUGUAACUAUGUUGCUUUCAAAAAAUAUCAAACCAAUAUUGGUCUUUGAUGGACGUCAUCUUCCUGCUAAGGCAAUGACAGAAUCUAAAAGAAGAGAAUUGGAUGAGGCACGUUCCUACAUGCGUCGCAGUGUGGACGUGACCCACGAGAUGGCGCUUGCGCUCAUCAAAGAGUGCAGGAGCCGCAAUGUGGACUGCAUCGUAGCACCCUACGAGGCCGACGCACAGCUUGCCUACCUCAAUAUAAAAAAUGUCGCCCAGCUAGUGAUUACUGAGGACUCAGAUUUGAUAUUGUUUGGCUGUACAAAGGUUCUUUUCAAAAUGGACCUGGACGGGAUAGGAACUUUAGUGGACACGGCGAAGUUGCCUCUGGUGAUGAAGUGUGCUAUUGAAAAUUAUACAUUCGACAAGUUCAGACAGAUGUGUAUCAUGUCCGGUUGUGACUAUUUGUCUUCGUUACCAGGCAUUGGUUUGGCGAAGGCCAGGCAGUUUGUUGUUGCGACGCAGGACUCGAAUUUUGCUAAUGCUUUACGGAAACUACCUAGUUUUUUCAAUAGAUCCAAUCUUAUAGUAACAGAUGAAUACAGGGAAAGUUUUCUUAAAGCGGAAGCAACCUUUAAACAUCAGUAUGUCUACGACCCUUUAGAGAGGCGAAUGGUGCGGUUGACAGAACCUGAUGAUGAAGAUAUCGAAAAAGCGUUGUGCGUGAACGCCGGUGAGCUGUUAGACCCUAAAGUUGCUUACCAAUUGGCGCUGGGCAAUUUGGAUCCCUUUACUUUGAGGAAAAUGGACGACUGGGACCCCGACAAUCGCAUCAACGGGGCAUGUACCAUGAAAACUAACGGUUGGAAUGAGAAAAGUUCAAACCAUCCCAGCAUAUGGAAUGCGGACUUCAAGCAGUAUCUCGAUGAACCAGCGCCGUGGGUGAAGAGGGUUAAGAAAAUCGAGCCUAUUAUAGCCGUUCCUAAGACUAGAGCGAUAAAGAAGAUCGUGAAUCUAGUCAGUAAACAUGUUCCAGAGACGCAGGACGAGAGUUUGACAAUAGAGUCAUUGAGCAGUAUGUACUGUGUUGAGCCAGCCGCCAAGAAACAGCGAGUAAACGUACUAACAGAGAGUGAGACGUUUACUCAAAGCCAGACUGCCCAUAACGUUGCUCUUACCGAGGAGGAUAUACUGAAUGAGCUUUCAGAGAAAGAGAAGUCUCCCGUUCUGGAAAACAAAGAGAGAUCCUUCAGGAAAUGCCUCAAAAGCGGCAGCUUCGCGGUCCUGAAACGGCUGAGCAGAUUUCCCAGAACCAUUCUAGACGAUAACAUAAUCGAAAGUAAGUUCUUCAGUGCGUGUGCCUCCAGCGAUAGUUCCGAGAGCCAUACAAAUUCCGAAGGCUCUAAACGUAACGUUACGAUUGCGGAAUCCCCAGAUAGAGAAAGCGCCAACCCGUUCAGAGUCAACGCUUCGGACGUAUUCAACAAUGCACUGGAGAUAGAUACGCAGUGCUCAGAGAUUCCAGAUACACCGUUGAGUAAUUCGCAGAAGGAAAACUCUCCUAUGAACAGUCCGAUUAAAUGCAAGAGAAGCCCUAUUUUGGAGCCGAGUCCUAAGAAUAGAAAUCCCUUUAAAGCGAGACUCGGGAGCCAAUCGACGUAUUCAUCAUUGAGUCAAGAAUCUGUUAUAGAUAACACUUACCCGAUGGAGACUUUGAUCACACCCGUUGAUUCACAGGCUUCCUUCGGCGAGUCGCCUCCGAAAUUAAUUUCAUCACAACCACUGCUAGCUAAAUUUUACAACAGUAAUGAUAAUAGAAACGGUUUAAAGAAACCUCAUUGCAAAGCACCAGGGCUAAAGAAGCCUACAUCACUACCAAGUAAUCAGCCCACCCUGUUAAGCAAGUUUGGUUUCCAGAAAAAACCAGUUUUAAAGAAG